GGCGUGACGCACAGGGGCGCUAACCAGUCGGCUGAGAGCUGAGCUGGACUUGGCGGUGGGAGCCGGAGCGGGGCUCUAGCAACUGUGGGUGCGAACGCGGCUGGGCGAACGGCUUCUGCCAGGGCGAAGCCUUUUCUCGACGGCUCGGCGGGCAGAGGAACUUGGGGACUCAGUGACCCAGGGGUCCGCUGAGAGUGACGCGUUCCUCGUCAGGCGGUGCGGCCAGCCGGCUCGGGAACCCUCGGAAUCGCGGGGUGCGGAAGGAUUCAGGUUUAUUUUUACACCUCUUGAGAACCUCUUCCCCUUUGAGAAUAUGAUGUGAGCCAUAGAUCGACCGCCCUAGAAAAAUGCAUUUUCGCUCAUGCACACAAUUUUGCAUACAACUUCAGAAGAUUUACUGACGCUAUGAAGUGCCCCGUUGGUUUUGUGCCGAGGUUUAAGAAUCCGUAUUCUAGAAGAGUUUCUUUUUAGACUAUGGCAACAUAUUUGGAGUUCAUUCAGCAGAAUGAAGAGCGGGAUGGUGUGCGCUUUAGUUGGAACGUGUGGCCUUCCAGCCGCCUCGAGGCUACGAGAAUGGUUGUUCCCCUGGCUUGUCUCCUCACUCCUUUGAAAGAACGUCCAGAUCUGCCUCCAGUACAGUACGAACCUGUGCUUUGUAGCCGGCCAACCUGCAAAGCCAUUCUCAAUCCACUUUGUCAGGUCGAUUAUCGAGCAAAACUUUGGGCCUGUAAUUUCUGUUUCCAAAGAAAUCAGUUUCCUCCUGCUUAUACAGGCAUAUCUGAGGUGAAUCAGCCUGCUGAAUUGAUGCCCCAGUUUUCUACAAUUGAGUAUGUGAUACAGCGAGGUGCUCCCUCCCCUCUGAUCUUCCUGUAUGUGGUUGACACAUGCCUGGAAGAAGAUGACCUUCAAGCACUCAAAGAAUCCCUGCAAAUGUCCUUGAGCCUCCUUCCUCCAGAUGCUCUGGUGGGUUUGAUCACGUUUGGGAGGAUGGUGCAAGUUCAUGAACUCAGCUGUGAAGGAAUCUCCAAAAGUUAUGUCUUCCGAGGGACCAAGGAUUUAACCGCAAAGCAAAUACAGGAUAUGCUGGGCCUCACCAAGCCUGCCAUGCCGUUGCAGCAAGCAAGACCUGGUCAACCACAGGAGCACCCUUUCGUUUCAAGCAGAUUUCUGCAGCCCGUUCAAAAGAUUGACAUGAACCUCACUGAUCUCCUUGGGGAGCUGCAGAGGGACCCAUGGCCUGUGACUCAGGGGAAGAGACCUUUGCGAUCCACUGGUGUUGCUUUGUCCAUUGCCGUUGGCCUUUUGGAGGGCACUUUUCCAAACACGGGAGCCAGGAUUAUGUUGUUCACUGGAGGUCCCCCUACCCAAGGGCCUGGCAUGGUAGUUGGAGAUGAAUUAAAGGUUCCUAUUCGUUCCUGGCAUGAUAUUGAGAAAGAUAAUGCACGUUUCAUGAAAAAGGCGACCAAGCACUAUGAGAUGCUUGCCAACCGAACUGCUACAAAUGGUCACUGCAUUGAUAUUUACGCUUGUGCCCUUGAUCAGACGGGACUUCUAGAGAUGAAGUGUUGUGCAAAUCUUACUGGAGGCCACAUGGUGAUGGGAGACUCUUUCAACACCUCUCUCUUCAAGCAGACAUUUCAAAGAAUUUUUAGUAAAGAUUUCAAUGGACAUUUUCGCAUGGCGUUCGGUGCUACUUUGGAAGUGAAGACUUCUCGGGAACUGAAAGUUGCAGGAGCCAUUGGUCCUUGUGUGUCUCUGAAUGUGAAAGGACCAUGUGUGUCAGAAAAUGAGCUUGGUGUUGGUGGCACAAGUCAGUGGAAAAUUUGUGGCCUGGAUCCCACAUCUACGCUCGGCAUCUAUUUUGAAGUAGUCAAUCAACACAACGCCCCGAUCCCCCAAGGAGGCAGAGGCGCCAUCCAGUUUGUCACGCAGUAUCAACACUCCAGCACCCAGAGGCGCAUCCGCGUGACCACCAUUGCCCGAAAUUGGGCAGAUGCGCAGAGCCAGCUGAGACACAUAGAAGCAGCAUUUGACCAGGAGGCGGCGGCAGUCUUGAUGGCUCGGCUGGGGGUGUUCCGCGCAGAGUCAGAGGAAGGGCCCGAUGUGCUCCGGUGGCUGGACCGACAGCUCAUACGACUGUGUCAGAAAUUUGGACAGUAUAACAAAGAAGACCCCACUUCUUUUAGGUUAUCAGAUUCCUUCUCUCUGUAUCCUCAGUUCAUGUUCCAUCUUAGAAGAUCUCCAUUUCUCCAAGUGUUUAACAACAGUCCUGACGAGUCGUCGUAUUACAGACACCAUUUUGCCCGGCAGGACCUCACCCAGUCCCUCAUCAUGAUCCAGCCCAUUCUGUACUCCUAUUCAUUCCAUGGGCCACCAGAGCCCGUGCUCUUGGACAGCAGCAGCAUUCUAGCUGACAGAAUUUUGCUGAUGGAUACGUUCUUCCAAAUUGUCAUUUAUCUUGGUGAGACCAUAGCCCAGUGGCGUAAAGCUGGUUACCAGGACAUGCCCGAGUACGAAAACUUCAAGCACCUUCUGCAGGCACCACUGGAUGAUGCUCAAGAGAUUCUGCAGGCGCGCUUCCCAAUGCCACGUUACAUUAACACAGAGCACGGAGGCAGCCAGGCCCGAUUCCUUUUGUCCAAAGUGAAUCCAUCUCAGACACACAAUAACCUGUAUGCUUGGGGACAGGAAACAGGAGCACCCAUCCUAACUGACGAUGUUAGCCUGCAGGUGUUCAUGGAUCAUUUGAAGAAGCUGGCUGUGUCCAGUGCUUGUUAAGCUGGAGAUGUGAGCCGAGCAUUGCCAGAUUGUGUUCAUAAUUGCCUAUAAUGGCUUAAAAACGUUCCUUUCACUUUCCUUGUAAGUUUUAAUAAAUAAUCAAAGGAAGCAUUGUA